AUGUCGGCGGCCGUGGCGUGCGUGGAUUACUUCGCCGCCGACGUGCUCAUGGCCAUCUCCUCGGGCGCCGUGGUGCACCGCGGGCGGCCGGGCCCCGAGGGCGCGGGCCCCACGGCUGGCCUGGAUGUGCGCGCGCCGCGCCGCGAGGCCGCCCCGCCCGGGCCCUCGGGGCCGCCGCCGCCGACCCCCGGCGCCCCCAGCCCGGGCCCAGGCGCCGCCGCCGCGCCCCACCUGCUGGCCGCCAGCAUCCUGGCCGACCUGCGCGGCGGGCCCGGCGCCGCCCCGGGGGGCGCCUCGCCCGCCUCCUCGUCCUCGGCCGCCUCGUCCCCGUCCUCCGGCCGCGCCCCCGGUGCCGCGCCCGCCGCCGCCAAGAGCCACCGCUGUCCCUUCCUGGGCUGCGCCAAGGCGUAUUACAAGUCCUCGCACCUCAAGUCGCACCUGCGGACGCACACAGGUGAGCGCCCCUUUGCCUGCGACUGGCCGGGCUGCGACAAGAAGUUCGCGCGCUCCGACGAGCUGGCCCGCCACCACCGGACGCACACUGGCGAGAAGCGCUUCCCCUGCCCGCUCUGCUCCAAGCGCUUCACCCGCAGCGACCACCUGACCAAACACGCGCGCCGCCACCCCGGCUUCCGCCCGGAACUGCUCCGGCGCCCGGGCGCCCGCAGCUCCUCGCCCAGCGACUCUCUGCCCUGCAGCCUGGCGGGCAGCCCAGCGCCCAGCCCGGCGCCCAGCCCGGCCCCCGCCGGUCUGUAGGGCCCCGGUCCAGCCCACCCUGAGCGCGCCCCCGCUGGGCCCUGGCUUGGAACACCAGCAACACGCCUCUAGGGCCCGGGGCCGGGCUGGGAGCCAUGGCCAGCCCCGGCCCCUUCCAGCGUUCCCCCGAGGGCCCCGAAGAUGCCCCUGUCUCCCUCCAGAAACCAAGGAGGGGCCCUGAGACUGGACUGGGGUCAGCCGGGCCUCGGAGGGGUGGCUGGAGCCCGCAUCUGUAAAUAGCCAUGAUCGAUAACUCUCUUCCCAUCUGUUAAACAGAGACCCCAGGCGGGUGGCUGACGGGCGCUCCCCUUCCCCCUUCCCCACCUCCCUGCUUUGGGGGGAUGGGUAUGGGUCUUGGGAAGGGGACACAAAAGGCGCCCCUUAACCAGCGCUCAGACCCGGCCCCCAAGCCCCUCCCCUCAGGUUGGGAUGAAGUGUGCAAAUAGCCAUAGAUGAACCGGGGCUUGUCGAGGCCCCUGCCUGGCCCCACCCCCAACCCCGCGGGGGCCCCUCACCCCACCCAAAGCCAUUGGAGACGUUCAGGGAAAUGGGGUGCGGCCCGGCCGCCCCCUCUCGGGUACUCAAUCUCAGGUGUCCACAGGUUCUACCCCACUGCCCGCGGGAGGGGCCGCCCAGCUCCCCAGCGGGGGGG